CGCGGGGGUCGUCAGUAAAUACUCUUCCUCAGCGUUCGCCUCAAUACCCCGUCCCUAGCCAUCUUCCAGUCAUUCGCUUCCGCGCAAUAGAUGCAUCAUGGAGGCAGCUGUUCCCCGCUCGCGACGGAGACUAGUGGGCCAGCCCUUACUCUACGCCAUCUCCGUCUUUGCUAGUCUCGGAGUCUUCUUGUUCGGAUAUGACCAAGGUGUCAUGUCUGGAAUAAUCACCGGGCCUCACUUCCGGAAAUUCUUCAACAAUCCUGGAUCGAUUGAAGUUGGCACCAUGGUAGCAGUGCUUGAAAUUGGGGCAUUCAUGACCUCCGUGGCGGCCGGCCGUGUGGGUGACCUGCUUGGCCGACGGGGAACCCUUUUCAUCGGUGCGAUUGUCUUUGCUAUUGGAGGCGGUAUCCAGACCUUCACGCCUGGCUUUUGGGUCAUGGUUGUGGGCCGGAUCGUUGCUGGUUUCGGGGUUGGUCUGCUGUCGACAAUUGUGCCGAUCUACCAGAGUGAAAUUUCCCCUCCCAAUCACAGAGGUGCCCUCGCAUGCAUGGAGUUCACCGGAAACAUCUUCGGUUACGCAUCAUCCGUGUGGAUAGACUACUUUUGCUCUUUCCUCGACUCUGAUCAUGCAUGGAGAAUACCAUUGUUCAUACAGUGUGUCAUCGGAGCUAUCCUAGCUGUCGGGUCGAUUUUAAUGCCAGAGAGUCCGCGAUGGCUCAUUGAUACGGACAAAGAUGACGAAGGGUUGCAAGUUUUGGUGGAUUUGCACGGCGGCGAUCCAAAUGAUUCGGUUGCCAAUGCUGAAUUCCAAGAAAUCAAAGAGAGAGUCAUGUUCGAGCGAGAAAGCGGAGAGGCUCGUUCUUACGCUGUAAUGUGGAAGAGGUAUAAGCGGCGGGUUCUUCUUGCCAUGUCUUCUCAAGCAUUCGCACAACUUAAUGGAAUCAAUGUGAUCUCGUACUAUGCUCCACGAGUCUUCGAAGAGGCUGGAUGGAUUGGCCGUGACGCCAUUUUGAUGACUGGCAUCAAUGCAAUCAUAUACCUCCUUAGUACACUACCAACAUGGUACUUAGUUGACCGCUUGGGGCGGCGACCAAUCUUGCUGUCAGGUGCUGUGGUGAUGGCGCUCGCACUGGGUCUCACGGGCUGGUGGCUAUAUAUCGACGUCCCAGAGACACCUCGUGCUGUGGUAGCCUGCGUGAUCGUAUUCAAUGCCGCAUUCGGCUAUAGCUGGGGACCUAUUCCAUGGCUUUUCCCUCCAGAAAUAAUGCCGCUCAUGAUACGUGCCAAAGGUGUCUCCCUGUCUACAGCAACGAAUUGGGCGUUCAAUUUCCUGGUGGGAGAGAUUACACCAUUUUUACAGGAACAUAUCAAAUGGCGUCUGUAUCCUAUGCACGGCUUCUUCUGUGUUUGCAGUUUCGUCCUUGUGUAUUUCCUAUAUCCCGAGACGAGAGGAGUUCCUUUGGAGGAGAUGGAUGCUGUAUUUGGAGAAGAGGAACUCGAGGAGCGACUGGAAGACGAAGAGUCGGAAAGAGCAUCGCUCGUAUCACGACGUUCCUCUCGCAGCAGACGUUCCGCCAUUGUGAGAGGGAAGGAUACCUCGCAAGGACCAGGUAUCCUGAGCCGCAUUUUUGGCCGGUCCGAACGGGCGCAUUACCAACCCAUACACGAUGGUGACGAAUAGGAAUUGCCGAGGAUGGACACCCGAACAUCUGAGGGACACCAUGAAGACCAUCCUGACGCGGUUGAUUCUGCCAGUACGGAGAGCAGGCCAUCUUCAUGACGCUUGCGGCCGCGAUGUCGGAAUAGUAGUGGCUUGUUCCUAGGGUCUUCUUGUUCCAUCCUCACCCCAGUCUACGCUAUCGUGACAUCUAACCGCAUUCUGAGUCGCUUUUCUUACGCUGGCAUCCUUUCACGCUAUUAGUACUAGUAGUACUGCAGUAUAACAGAAUUGAAGUGAUAUAUCGCACGC